UGUGGUGAAAUUACUAUUGGCUGCAGGAAUAUACAAAUAUGUUGAUUGAACUAAAAAUCAACUUCAGACAUUACUAAGACAAUUUACUCUAAAAUGGAAAUGUUUAUGUCCAAAUUGCUUACAUUUUUUGUUUUGUACAACACGUACACACUUUCCAGAGCUGUGUAUUGUGACGAUGAUACUUGUAACCUUGGAAAAGAAUUAACCGCUCUGGUAAAGAGGGAGGUAGAAAAAGGGUUAGCACGUGCGAAACAAGAAAUCAGACCAGCCUUUACUGCUCAUUUCAAAUCAGGUGGAAUGAUACCUUUAGCAAAAGGCCAGAUCUUAAUUUUUGACAAAGUCCAAAUCAACAUUGGAGGAGGGUACAACCCAACUACUGGAUAUUUUACUGUUCCUAAAGCCGGACUGUAUUUGGUGUCGUGCACAGUGAGAUCAAAUGGCGGCAAACAUCUACAUGUCUGGCUUAAAAAGAACGACAACAGGGUCACAUUAGCAUACGGAGAAAAUUGGAACGAGGGAAGCUUUAGCAUACCAGUACAGGCAGCAGAGGGAGAUCGAUUUGUUAUAGAACAUGGCGCAGGCUCUUAUGUAAAUAACGAGUCUGUUCAAGGGGGUAUCAUCUCAUUCUUCUCUGCCGUGUUCAUAUCGGACUAAUAAAUGUACUAGCAAUUAUAACAAAUAUUUGUCGCUUUUUUUUUUAUAUGUUUCCUCUGAUCUUUUUUUGUGAUAAUUUUUCAAGUCAUGCUACUCGCGUGAGAUGGGAAAUGGUCGCUUAAAAAGAAGGAGGCACGUGACGUUGCUAAUGAAAUUGACUUAUAAUUGACAACGUCGUCAUCGGUAAAAUAGUGAUAAACAGAUAAUCAUUGCAAAUCAAUCUCGUUGAGAUGAUCAACGAUAAUAUAAGUACAUGAUGUUAUAUUAUUGAGAAGAUGGAUUUUCUGUCAACUUAUCAAAAAAGGUUAAAAUGGAAAUAACAAAUAUACACUAUAAUGAUUUAAUUUUUGAAAUGUUAUUUGGAUGGAGAGUUGUCUCAUUGGCACUCACACCACAUCUUCCUAUAUCUAUGAAUUAAUUUAUUCUCAUUAUUAUUAUUAUAAAAUUAAUAAUGUAUUUGAAUUAUUUGUAUUGCAUUAUAUACUAGUAAUUAAAAUGAUGGGAAAUUUA